CUAUUCAUAUCGUUAGGUCUCGUGUGCAUGUUAGACAUGUGCCCAUGGGAUGUCAGAUUGAAUAUUAAUCGACUAUUCGGUCACCCACAUAAACCCAUCCUCUUGCCCAGUCCUCCGAAGUGACCCUCUAUCAUUCGUCGCAAUGCCUUGGGAGCCUAUCAAGCUGAAUUCUGGACACUACAUGCCAAGUAUCGCAUUCGGUACUUGGAAGACAGGUAAUGGCCAAGGACCUGUCGAUCAGGUUAAACAAGCUCUGGGAAAUGGAUACAACCACAUUGACACUGCUCAGGCCUACAAGAAUGAAGAAGAAACCGGUAUUGCUUUGAAAGAGACCGAACUUUCUCGUUCAGAUGUCUUUGUGACGACCAAGUACUCUGGUACGAACGGUCUUGACAUCCCGACUUCCAUCAAGAACAGUUUGAACAACCUUGGGUUAUCUGAUGUUGACCUCUAUCUGGUCCACGCCCCGCGCCUGGCAGUACCUGACAUGCCCACAUGUUGGGCGCAAAUGGAAAAGGUCCAGGAUGACGGACUUGCUAAGAGCAUUGGUGUCAGCAACUUUGGCGUUAAAGAUAUGGAGGCUUUGAUAGCAUGCGCGCGGAUUAAACCUACGGUCAAUCAGAUUCUGCUUCAUCCAUAUGUUUAUCAACAACAGAAACCUAUCCUUGAAUACGCUGCUAAGAAUGGAAUCGUCAUCGAGGCCUACAGUGCGCUGAUCCCCAUCACAAAGUCACCCGGUGGUCCUUUGGACAAACCAUUGAACGAAAUCGCUGCAAAGUUCGGUGCAACGACCGAGCAGAUCCUUAUGGCGUGGACCAAAGCCAAGGGGGCCGUCGUCGUCACCUCAAGUUCAAAGAGGACGCGCCUGCAAGGUUACAUCGCGGCAGGUGAUAUAACUUUGUCUCCGGAAGAUAUUGCUGCCAUCGAUGCUGCAGGCGCUUUGGGCGAGGAAAAGGAAAAGGAAACGUAAAGACCAUUCCGAGAAGGGUUGUCCUGCAGUGUUUGACAGAUGUAAAUUAUUCGGUGCCUGUAUGAUGUGCAGUUAUCGUUGGUGUUUGACAAGUGGUCACCGGUCAGAUGUCGCUGCGGAACGACU